UCUAAGCACAGAAUCCUGUCUGAAGAGCUCGAUUUCACUUGACCCCUGCGAAGUCUUCAGAAGCAGCCUAAAGAUCAAAGUAUUUUGGCAGAAUCUUUUGAAGAGUCCCAACGUCGAAGAUCAUGGCCGAAGCUGAUGAGACGUGUGCUGUCACGCAUACUGAUGAGAAGUUGUAUGAACUUGAUACUCCGAGGAGUGGAAAAAUAAAGGUCCAUGUUCAGGGAGAUCUGGAUAACGCUGAGAAAAAAGCUGUUUUUCUCACUGUGCAUGAUAUUGGCAAUAACCAUUCCAACUUCUGGACCUUUGUGACUCAUCCAUCAAUGACUGAGAUCAAACAAAGAUCAGUCUUUCUCCAUGUUGAUAUACCAGGCCAAGACGACCAUGCUGAUGAUCUACCAGCUGAUUUCGUGUAUCCGACUAUCCAAACUCUUGGAGAGGAUCUUGUAUCCAUUCUGGACCAACUUAAAGUCAAGCUGGUUGUUGGAUUUGGUGAGGGAGCAGGUGCCAACAUCCUUGUCCGCUUCACUUUGGCUCAUGCUGAUCGAGUGCUCGGUCUUAUCUUGAUCCACUGCGUCGCAACUGCUGUAGGAAUGAUGGAGUACUUCAAGGACAGGUACAUGAACUGGAAGCUGACCAGGGAUGGCGUUGAUCAAACCACCGAGCAGUUCUUGGUUAUGCACAAAUUUGGAGCGCAACUGGACAACGUUGAGAACAAGGAUGCUCUUAUUCAGGAGUACACGGAGAAGCUGAAGAGACGUAUAAACCCGAGGAAUCUGCGUCGUUAUGUGGAAGCAUACAUGAACCGCAAGGAUAUCAUGUCACUCGUUGAAAGUCAACUGAGAAGCAUGGAUGUGCUGCUGGUGUCAGGAAGUAAAGCGACGCAUGCUCAGUCAGUUUUGCAUAUGUACAUGAAAAUGGAUAAGCAAAAGACUUCUUUCUUAAAAGUUGACCAAGUUGGAGAUGUUUUGGCUGAAGCUCCUGAAAAGCUUGCCCAAAGCUUGCAUCUCUUUGUGAAAGGUCUUGGAUUCCUCACUUCAGUGACACUUCCUGGAGUGGAACGUCAAAAGACCCAUCAGGGUGGAGGUAUUGCUCACAAAAGCCUCGGCGCCGUCGGACGUAGGCGCACUCUCUCCAUGGAAGACUACGACUCGCCAAGACAAAGAGGAACAUCCCCUAAGGCUAAAGCCCAAAACGCAGAAAAGUCGAAAGAGCGUGCUGCGGAGAAGCCGAAAGAGCGCGCUGCAGAGAAGCCGAAAGAGCGCGCUGCAGAGAAGCCGAAAGAGCGCGCUGCAGAGAAGCAGAAAGAGCGCGCUACGGAGAAGCCAAAAGAGUGCGCUGAGGAAAAGCCGAAAGACGAAAACUCGGAGAAGCCUAAAGACGAAAACUCGGAAAAGUCAAAAGGCCAAAACUCGGAAAAUCCAGAAAACAAAAAGUAAUUUUGCUUUGUGGAAUGUGAAGUUGGAUUUUCUUUGCUCUCCUUGUUUGUAAAUUCCUUUCAUGGUGCAUUUUAUUCUUUUUGGACUUUUAUGCCAGUUGAUAGACUCAACCGGGCGCAAUCUUUCCAAAACUGCUCAUUUUUUUGGUGACCAAUUUUUUGCAUGGCCCAACAGUUUUGUGAAUUAGCUAUAUUCGUCUCAAUAUAGAACUGUGUGUUAUGCGUCUUAACUUUUUUAAACGUAUUGUGAUCUUAUUUCUUGAAAGACUAAAUUUCUAAGUUUUUUAAACAGUUAUUUUUUGAUAAUUGUUUUCAGACCAUUAAUGCAAAAGGAAUAUUUUUCAGCUUAAACGUAUGUUAGUCAAGACAUAAAAUUUAUAUGCAAACAUUUUUUUUAAUUCGCUUAAAUAAAAUCAUAGUCCUUAUGCUAUCUAAGGGAUUCAAAAAUAAUAUGCAUAAAUUUAAUUUGCUAACAAAAAUGAGCAUUUUAAAAUUUUUAUAAUAUAUUGCUAAAAGUUCAAAGAGAUUCUUAUAUUAUAUUUAGAUUCAUUCUAUAAUG